AUGAGCGAUACAGCACCCGACAUUGGCUUUGUAGAGUCGAGCGAAGAUCCCAGAAGCAUCUACACGUCAUGGCACACGCGACGUCGAGGCACGACCCAUUGGAAAGCACUUGUACUACGCAUCGAGAGUUCUGCCCUCAGGAUCGGCCAUCUAUUUACUCAUGCCGAAAACAUCAACCUGCUCCAUGUUGACUGCGCGACGGACAUUCUCCUUCCAAGCAACUUUCCCUUCAACAGCCCAGGGGCUAUUAAAUACUCAUCGCUCGGCAAGGUCCGUAGUCUCCUCUGCAGCUACCGUAACAACUACAUGUCCUUUGUCGACUCCUACUUUGCUCUCUACCAGCCUGUGCAUCCCAUCAUCGAUCCUGCUCGCUUCAUCGAUGAAAUCAACUGCUUCUGGAACGAUCCUUCAGAUAUCGACGUCUCCUGGCUAUCCAGCUUCCUCAUGGUUCUGGCACUGGGUUGCUUCGCCGAGACGCGGGAUGCGACAUCAACAAUCGAACUUUGUCUUGCAGCAGAGGCUUGCAUGGCCAAGACGCCAUUCAUGGUUCGGCCAAGCAUGUCAGUGAUGCGUGCCUUGUGCCUCAUGGUCCUUGCUAAGCAGCUAGCCAAUGGAUCAUGCUGGUCUUUUGAUGCCAGUUGGACGCUCCUCGGCAUCAUUGUGCGGCUCGCCGUUUGUAUAGGCCUCCAUAGGCCGCCACUUGCUGCUCCCGUCGAAGACAAUGCGAUGACUCAAUCCGAUUGGCAAGAUAGUCAAAUCCUAUGGAUAACAAUAGUUUAUUUCUGCAUACAAACGGCGGCGAUUACUGGAAUGCCGAGUCUUCUGUCUUCAGACGAUAUCCUCCAAAGAGAUAAGACGCAAGACGCCCACUUGUCCCAUAUAGAGGAACUCGGCCCAUGGCUAUCUCUGAGCGAUUCCUUUCCUACCAUAUGCAAAAUCAUAGCCAGAGUCAACUCCAGCACCGAAAAGCCUUCGUACGACGAGAUACUCGGGCACAACGCCGACAUGAGAAGGCUCAUGGCCACCACUUUGGAACAUCCCGGCUGCAGAGGCCCCUUGCGUGCCGUCCUCGACAUUUUCUUCCGCCGCAUCUUGAUGGUCCUUCAUCGCUGCCACGCCUUGCGCCCCAAUGCUCCUACACUGCAUCCAGUUUCGUACUGGGCUUCUCUUGAAUGCAGCCUGGCAAUUCUGGUACAUCACCGAGAUUUCUGUGAGCACAUGGGAAAUCCCGAUAAUCGCGACUUAUUGGGCCGCAUGUAUAAGCUCGACUUCUUUGCGGCUGCUCUGACCGCUGCUAUUCAUCUGCUGCUGGUAGAUGCACCACUUGCAGACGGCUUUUCCAUACCGCCUAGACAGACAAUUCUCGAAACGCUGGAGACGUGCACGGAGAUAUGGGGCAGGGACGAGGAGAGAUCUAUCUGCUUUCGUGCCGGACACAGAUCAUUGACGCAAAUUCUCUCCAUGCUUUCUCAUAUGGACAAUACGAGCCAUCAUGAAGUGCCUCGUUCGUAA